AUGGAAUUUCUCUUCAAUUUACUAUUGGUGAUUGCUUCGGCUUCAGCUGGUAUAAUACGCCACGACACAGCUCACGGAUCGACUGCCUAUUCCCAUCAAACAAUUAGCCAUGGCUUGGGGGUUGAUGAUUCUAAAUUGAGAAUUGUAACUCCAAUGCAUCACGUCAGCCCAUUAGAGAGUUCUUCAAAACCAACAGCUUCGAAAAUUUUAUUUCCUCCGGCCAAAGACGCUCAUCUAAUGGAUAACUUCUCAGCAUCCAAUCAGCCUAUAUCCGCAGAUCCUACAAUUUCAUAUAAAGGUGAAACUCCCGUGGUAAAUAGUCCAGUACACACUCCAGCCCAUUUGGCAUUUUCUGCCCGGCCGAUAAUGUUCCAAAUGUUACCGAAAAUUAUACCAGCUCCAUAUAUUAGCUAUAAGGAUUUUAAAGCUAAUCCAUCUUAUCAUAAGGUUGACAAUUUUUAG